GAAUCCAUUCGCAAAGCGUUGCCGAGCUAAAAAGGACAGUCCGUCAUCUUAAAUGCGACUUCCCGUCGCUUGCCAGGCCGCAGGCGAUCUGCAUCUCCAUGGCCAUCUUUCAGCAUGGUGCCAAGAAUAUGCAAGUCUUCCAGUCGAGGCACAAGGAGCAUCUGGCAGAGGCUCGGCAGGGGACCGACGACGAGAACGACAAGCAGGCACGGCAAGCACGACGCACAGCACAAAACACGGCGUCAAACAAGGAGCAAGACGACAAUAAUGAUACAGAACCCGCCCAACCACGCCGUACGGGCAAACGCAGCCAGCCAAUGACGGCCAAAGCUCAGCUACUACAGACUGCAGCAAAUGACAAAGACUACUGCGCCGCCACUUCUGGCGAGUUGGAACAAGCAUGGAAGCGUAGCAAGCGUGCAAGGUACCAUGCACAACAAUUGAAGGGAGUACAUAAAUCCAGGCUCGCCAUAUGCAGCCUGCUGCAUGCUGGUCAUCAGCGAUCGCCGGUCAUUGAUCGCUGAUCACCAGUUUACUACGCGUCAUCAACGCCUGUUUGUCACGAGCGCCAUAAUCGAUCGUUGUCGCCCGCUCAUCUCACCG